CAGCAUUGUCAUUCACCGUAGUAGAAGGAAGUUCAAAAAAUGAUCAAGAACGCGGUGAAGUAAAAGAAGGUUCUAAAAAUGAUCAAGAAAACGGUGUAGAAGGAGAAGGUCUAACUGUGUAUCCUCGAGAUUUACCGAAAGAAUUGCGAGAUCUUUACGGCAGGUUGUCUUUCGAGGCGAAAUUUUAUUUUACUUAUCUUAAAAGUAACGAAGAAAAGAAGGCGUUUCUUGAGAUGAUGCUAGCGGAAAGAAAAAUACAACGUAAAACAGGAGUAUCGUUAAUAAAUUUUUUUGCAAAUAUAGUUGUUCUUUUAAUUGUCAUCGGUCUUAUUGUGGUUAGCGAGAAAAUUGAAGAGAAAAGUGAAGAAUUGUAUUCAAUAAUUUCAUAUUCUACAACGUAUUCUGUCCAAUCUAUUGCGAUUGUAUUGGUUUUAUUUUGCGAAAAAGGAUUUAAUAAAGAGUUUUUUAUUUGUACAUCUUAUGUAUCAUUGCCAUUAUGUCUUUCUGGUAUAGUAAUGGGAGUAAUGACGCAUCAUCACAUAGAACCAAUAUUGGCAAUAUCAUUGUUUGGACCGGGAGUGUUGUUUGCGGAUUGGAUAAAAGAUUUGUUAUAA